CAAAGAUGAUUGUUUCUCGAUCGACUCGAGCCUCAUUCGGCCCUGAUUGGCUUCUCGGCCUCGAGACUGCUUUCAAAGCGGAGCGGGAACGGUUCCGAAUGCUAUUGAUGAUGACACAUCUAGAUCAUGAUGUGGGGUCAGGUGUUUACAAGGCAAGAACGACGCGAAAGUGAGACUUUCCCAUCUGCUUAUAUACCCUCGGCAUAUCCGUCUCUCUGAGCACGCAAGAUUGCGCCAUUCAUCGUUUCAACACUACCACACAGUUAUGGACACCAGUACAGCACCAAAGAUCAUUGACAUUCGUCAAGAUGGCGGAGGUCUAACGCCACUAGUCCCUGAGAUCCGGGAGGGCCUCAAUGCGAGAGAAGGACAAGAAAAGAAGCUGCCAACACUGCUGCUAUACAGCGAAGAUGGCUUGAAGCUCUUCGAGAAGAUCACAUACCUAGAAGAGUACUAUCCAACGGGUCAGGAGAUUCAGGUUCUAGAAGCAUACGCCGAUCGCAUUGCCGACCGUAUUGCCCUCGAGUCCAACUCUAUGCUAGUAGAACUGGGUAGCGGUAAUCUCCGAAAAGUCCGUAUCCUUCUCGACGCUCUGGAUCGCAAAGGCAAGGAUGUGUCCUACUACGCCUUGGACGUCUCAGAAGUAGAGCUCGAACGUACGUUGGCCGAAGUCCCUCAAGGCACAUUUAAGCAUGUACAAUGCCAUGGACUGCUUGGUACAUACGACGAAGGUCUAGAUUGGUUGAAGAAGCCCGAGAAUGCGCAUCGAUCAAAGACGGUCCUUUCCCUAGGCUCGAGCAUCGGAAACUUCUCUAGGGACGAGGCUGCAAAGUUUCUUUCACAGUUCUCAGAGACCUUAGACCCUAAUGACACCUUACUGUUGGGUAUUGAUGCAUGCACAGAUGCUGACAAAGUAUAUCACGCCUACAACGAUCGUGAAGGUUUGACACAUGAGUUUAUCCUCUGUGGUCUGAAGCAGGCGAAUAGACUUCUUGGCUACGACGCUUUCGACACCAAAAUGUGGGAGGUUAUUGGUCGCUAUAACAAGGAAACUGACCGACACGAAGCCUUCGUCUCCCCUAAGAAAGAUGUAACCAUCGAGGGCGCUCUAAUUCGUGCCGGAGAGCAGGUCAGGAUUGAGGAGAGCUACAAGUAUAAUUCAGUCCAGAGUGAGCGACUUUGGUCCGACGCUGGCUUGACGGAGGGUGCUAAAUGGACCAACACUGACGGUGACUAUGCAUUGCACUUGCUCAACAAGCCCAAAGUUCAGUAUCCUCUAGUCGCCGAGAAGUACGCGGCUCAACCUGUACCUUCGCUCGAAGAAUGGGAUCAGCUUUGGGCUGCUUGGGAUGCUGUCACUUUGGAGAUGAUCCCGGAAGAAGAUCUUCUUGAGAAGCCUAUCAAGCUUCGCAAUGCCUGCAUCUUCUAUCUCGGCCACAUACCCACUUUCAUGGACAUCCACCUGACGCGCGCGACUCAUGGCAAGCCUACGGAGCCCAGCUCCUAUACCAGCAUCUUUGAGCGAGGAAUUGAUCCCGAUGUUGAUGAUCCGGAGCAAUGUCACGCACACAGCGAGAUUCCAGACUCGUGGCCACCAGCAACAGAGAUUCUCGACUUCCAAUCAAAAGUGCGAAUCAGGGUCAAGAAGUUGUACGCUACGGGGCAGGCAGUCAAAGAUCGCGCCGUCUCGAGAGCAAUGUGGCUAUCUUACGAGCAUGAAAUUAUGCAUCUCGAGACCCUGCUUUACAUGCUGAUACAGAGUGAAAAGACCAUGGCACCACCCACGACCGUCAUGCCUGACUUUGAAGCUCUGGCUGUCCAAGCAAGACAACGAGCUGUCGAGAACCAAUGGUUCGACAUUCCAGCACAGAAAGUUGAGAUUGGUAUCGAGGAUCCCGAUGACAACUCUGGUCCCGAGCACUUCUUCGGAUGGGACAAUGAGAAGCCGAAACGUACAGUCCACGUACCAGCCUUUAAGGCCAAGGGAAGACCCAUCACCAAUGGAGAAUUUGCCAAGUAUCUGGAGGAGAACCACCUCGACACUCUUCCUGCGUCUUGGCAUACUCUUUCUCACACUCGAGGCACAGAAACCAACGGUCACACGAGUGGCAUCUCGUCAUCUUUCCUCCAAGGUAAAGCAGUCCGCACAGUGUACGGACCAAUAUCUCUGAAGCUAGCACUCGAUUGGCCAGUGUGCGCAUCGUAUGAUGAGCUCAGAGGAUGCGCUCGCUGGAUGGGCGGCCGAAUCCCAUCUAUGGAAGAAGCCAGAAGUAUAUACCGUCAUGUUGACGAAGCAAAGACUCUCCAAGCUCACGAGUCGCUUGGAGCCAACAUUCCCGCUGUGAACGCGCACCUUGUCAAUGACGGUGUAGAGGAAUCACCACCAUCCAAGGCCUUGUCAUCAAGCUCUACUGGUCCAAACCCGAACGAUCUGUUCGUGGACCUGCUAGGAGCUAAUGUGGGCUUCCGACACUGGCAUCCCAUGCCUGUUUCACAGCACGGAAACAAGCUUGCCGGUCAAUCGGAGAUGGGUGGUGUAUGGGAAUGGACCAGUAGCGUGCUGGACAAACAAGAAGGCUUUGAGGCCAUGCCCCUCUACCCGGGUUACACAGCCGACUUCUUCGAUGGCAAGCACAACAUUGUGCUUGGUGGAUCGUGGGCUACACAUCCACGAAUUGCAGGGCGUAAGAGCUUUGUCAAUUGGUACCAAAGAAACUAUCCUUUUGUAUGGGCGGGUGCCCGCAUUGUGAAGGAUGCAUGAGCGGGAUGCUGCCUGAUCCCUGGAGAGUGUCCAAGCUGUAGGUGCAAGGUAUUCUCUUUUGUCUGUGGAGCAUGUUUCUAUUGUGGAAUAACCGUAUGAGCAAUGUGUAUGCGUUUCCUGCUGCCUAGACUUACCACUCGCGAUAAUGACUUCGGUGUGCUU